AUGCAUCGAAUAUUUGCUGCUUUGUUUUCUGAAGAACCAUUAAUAUUUCCAGAACAAGAUGAAGAUCAUGUUGAAAGGAAGAAUGAGGACCAAAUUGAAGCAUUACAAGAUCUUCAUGCUACAUAUGCACAACCGAUAAAAUGUUCACAUCAAACAAAUUCGAGAAAAUUUUCUGAUGCGAAAAAUUCGAUAUCGAUUUUAAAACAGCGUGAAAUUGGUUUAAUUAAUUUUCGUCGAUAUCCUGAAGCACGAUAUCGUUUAAUGGAUAGGUAUUUAUAUUAG